CACAUUAGAUAAAAACGAGGGCACUCGGUUAACAAUCAUAAUAUGUUGUUUGAGAACUUAACUACCGUAGCUGAUUAACUAUUACUAGACCUCAAGCUAGCUCAAGAUGAAGCUGUUGCAGCUUUUAACGCUGCUAGUCGGUGCUGGCACCGCUCUAGCUGCGAGCAGUAGGAGACCUAUCAGGAGUCUACAUACACCCAAAGAAACUGUUGAGAAUUACGAGGUGGUGUUUCCAGUUGUCACUUAUCCUGAAGGAAAGAAAGCACAGCGCCAUCCCUCUGUGAUGCAUGUGCACAUCGAGGCACAGGAUGAGAGAUACACUAUCGUCUUGAAGUUGAACGAUAUGCUCAUUCCCUCCAACUUCAAUUCACUUUCUUAUGAUAAAGAUGGCAGAGAAGUUAUUACAACGGGUCAUGUGAACUGUUUCUACCAGGGCUGGGUGGAGGGUCACCCAGAGUGGAGAGCCACAAUGAGCACCUGUACAGGAUUAAAAGGCACUUUUGGGAAUUACCAAAACAAGAAAGAGCUAUUCCAUUUGGAACCACUCGACACAAAUGACCCAUCUUUGGAGCAGCCCCAUGCACUUUACCCUGACAUGGAACUCGAGAUUGAUGAAGGGUCUUGUGGCUCUAAUGAGACUCACAUGGUGGAUGAGAUCGGUGGAGUGCCCAUGCCUGAUAUAGAAGAUCUGAGACUGAAGAGACAAGUCAAUGGCUUUUGGAUUGUCGAAUUGAUCAUAGUCAAUGACUUUAGACAGUAUGGUAGCCAAGGGCAAAACCUCGCUAACACUGUCAGUAGAGCUCUGAGUAUUACCAACGAAGUGGACAGUGUAUAUCAGGCCCUAAGCAUCCGUGUGGUUUUAAUCCAAAGUAUCACUUGGACAUCAGGAGAUCAAAUCACUAUCGUCACUGAUCCAGACGUUGUUCUGCCUUUAUUCCGAACUUAUGGACGGACAGUUUCAACACCUCAUGACUGCAUACAUUUAGUCACUGGUAUUAAUUUGGAUGGGGGUACAGUGGGACUGGCAUAUAUUGGAGUCAUGUGUGGAAGCGGUUGUUCUGGCCUCUCACAAGAUGGAGGAAGAGGACUAACAGGAGUCGGAACUACUGUAGCUCACGAGCUCGGUCACAAUUUCUUCAUGAGUCAUGAUGACGGUAGUUGCACAUGUACUGACUCUGUGGGCUACUGUAUAAUGGCAGCAAUAUCCACAACUGGCCGUGAGCCUAGCUCUUGGAGCAGCUGCUCUGUUGCCUUCCUUAACACAGGCUUCCAAACACGAAACUUAAAUCGGUGUCUUGGCAACCAACCUAUAACAAUGGUCGGCGAUCCUGUCUGUGGUAACGGUCUUCGAGAAGGCGAUGAAGUAUGCGAUUGUGGCUCGACUUUGGAGUGCACUGAUCCUUGCUGUAAUGCUGCCACGUGCCAGCUAGCAUCAGGGGCCCAAUGCAGUGCAGGAGGAUGUUGUAACACUCAGUGCCAAUUUAUUAGUGCUGGCACCACUUGCCGAACAUCUACGGGUAGUUGUGAUAUCACCGAAUAUUGUAGUGGGAGCGCCAGCGAGUGUCCCAGUGAUGAGAGUGUGUUGGACGGAACAGCCUGCACUAGGAAUGGCGUUGGUGCCUUCUGCUAUUCUGGAGAGUGUCCAAAUCUAGCCCUGCAGUGUCAAGAGGCUUGGACUACAUCAUCAACCAAUGGGGGAUCUGCGUGCUUUAAUCUGAACACUCGAGGCGAUAGAUUUGGCAAUUGUAUUGUCCAUGCAACAGAUCCACUCACCUAUACAGCUUGUACCACUGCCAAUGUUGGAUGUGGUCUCUUGCAUUGUAUGAACACAGGCAACUUCCAGUUGAGCAAUGCUAACUACCUUUUGGGCACUAUUACUCCUUUUCAAUCACAACCAUGCAGGUCUUACUUCAGCACAGAUGCUGAUGCUGUUGGUGCAGGGUUUGUAUCUGACGGCAUUGCAUGUGGUACUGGCAAUGCCUGUUUCAACAGACAGUGUGUAAAUCCUUCACAACUCACCACUCAUACCUGUCCAGUGGGCUCUAACAGUCUACUCUGCUCAGGAAACGGGCAAUGUAACAACAAUGGCGGCUGUUCUUGCUCUGCUGGUUUCUCCGGAACUACCUGUCAGACUUCAGGAGUUCCAACCAAUGAGUGUCUCAACAACAAUGGAGGCUGCGCUCAGACAUGCACAGACACAACCAGCUCUUUCGUGUGCAGCUGUGCGACAGGAUACAAUCUUGCCAGUAACGGACUCGGUUGCAAUGACAUCAAUGAGUGUAACUCUAACAAUGGCGGCUGUGCUCAAGGCUGCAUCAACACAGCGGGGUCCUUUCAGUGCAGCUGUGGAACUGGGUACACACUGGCCACUAAUGGAAUAACAUGCAAUGAUAUCAAUGAGUGUGUGGCCAACACUGAUGGCUGUAGCCAGUUCUGUACCAACACUGUCGGCUCCUUCACCUGUUCUUGUAGCAGUGGAUAUACUCUCGCCAGCAAUGGCCGCACUUGCAAUGAUAACAACGAGUGUGCUCUCAAUACUGACAACUGUCAGCAAGUCUGUAUCAACUCGGCCGGCACGUUCAGUUGUGCUUGUAACAAUGGCUAUACUCUCAACUCUAACGGGAUAACAUGUUCAGAUGUGAAUGAGUGCAAUACUAACAAUGGCGGUUGUGUGCAGACAUGUACAAACACUGCUGGGUCUCGUACCUGUGGUUGCAACUCUGGAUACUCACUUGCCAGCAAUGGAGUCUCGUGCAAUGACAUCAACGAAUGCUCGUCAAACAAUGGCGGCUGUGCUCAGCGCUGUACCAACACAGUGGGAUCAUUCCAGUGCAGCUGUGGAACUGGAUACACGCUAGCAGCAGAUGGGAGAACAUGUAGUAAUAUAAAUGAGUGCAUGGCCAAUAAUGGGGGAUGUGACCACUCUUGUACCGACACUACUGGCUCCUUCGUGUGUAGCUGUAUCUCUGGGUUCAGACUGGCUACUAAUGGACGAACUUGCAACGCUAUCAACGAGUGCCAGGAGGGAACUAGCAACUGUGCCCAGCUGUGCACAGACACUGGCUCCUCAUUUGUAUGCUCUUGUAUGAGUGGCUACGUCCUAACUAACGGGGUCAACUGUCCCGACAUUAACGAAUGCUCCACAAGCAAUGGAGGGUGUAAUCAGAUCUGCAGCAACUCUCAAGGCUCUUUCCAGUGCAGCUGUAACAGUGGCUACUCUCUAGCUGCUGAUGGAAUGACUUGUGUGGAUUUGAACGAGUGUCAACUCAACACUGACAACUGCCAGCAAUCUUGCUCUAAUAUAAAUGGUGGUUUCACUUGCUCCUGCAUCUCUGGAUACAUACUUAAUAAUGACGGAAGGACAUGUAGUGAUAUAAACGAGUGUUUUACAAAUAAUGGUGGCUGCAAUCAGGGCUGCACUAACACUGCUGGAGGCUUCACUUGUGAAUGUCAAUCGGGAUACUUGCUCGCUCAGGACAGCCAAACCUGCAAUGACGUGAAUGAGUGCUCGACAAACAACGGACUUUGCUCUCAGCUGUGCUCCAAUAAUGAUGGGUCAUUUGAAUGCAGCUGCAAUACUGGGUACACACUCAGUGUUAAUGGAGCCACAUGCCUGGACAUCAAUGAGUGUAACUCUAACAAUGGCGGCUGUGCUCAGGACUGCGCCAACACAUUAGGAUCUUUUCAGUGCAGCUGUGAAAAUGGAUACACACUGGCUGCUAAUGGAAGAGCAUGCAACAAUAUCAACGAGUGCCAGAGCAGCAAUGGUGGGUGUGACCAGAUCUGUACAGACAACGUUGGCACCUUUGUGUGCAGCUGUAACACUGGUUUUGAACUUGCUACCAAUGGACAAACUUGCACUGCUAUUAACGAGUGUGCUGAUGGCACCAACAACUGUGAACAUCUCUGCAUGGAUACUGGAUCCUCCUUUGAGUGCUCGUGCAGAAAUGGCUACACCUUGAACGCUAAUCAGGCAACCUGCGAUGACAUUGACGAGUGUAUCACAAACAAUGGAGGAUGCUCAGACACUUGCCGGAACUCAGCCGGGUCCUUUGACUGCGUGUGUCCCAGUGGCUUUACCCUCAAUGCCGAUGGACUCUCAUGCACAGAAAUCAAUGAGUGUAAUUCAAACAAUGGCGGCUGUGAUCAGACCUGUACGAACACUGUCGGAGCCUUCCAGUGCAGCUGUAGCGCUGGGUACCAACUCGAUACUGAUGGUCUAUCAUGCGAAGACAUUGAUGAGUGCUUACUGAGCAAUGGAGGCUGUGACUCUGUCUGCUCUAACACGGAGGGCUCCUUCGAAUGUGACUGUAACACUGGGUUCAGAAUAGAAGCAGACGGAAGGACUUGUACUGCUAUCAAUGAGUGUGCAGAGGGAACUAACAAUUGCGAGCAGUUGUGCUCAGAUACCGGUGAUGCCUUUGUCUGCUCUUGUCGCAGUGGGUACACACUCAAUCAGGAUCAGGCCACUUGCACAGAUAUCAAUGAGUGUGAUGCACAAGCGGGUGGAGUGUGUGAGCAAAAUUGUGAUAACACUGACGGAGGGUUCGAGUGUUCCUGUAAUAGCGGCAAGCAAUUGGACGCCAACGGAUUCACUUGCUCAAACAUCACUUCAGUUGUGGAUGAAAACGUUGCUCCUAUAGGUGGCAUUGUCGGUGGAGUGAUCGGCGCGAUAAUUUUCUUUGUUUUGUUAAUAGUCAUCGUCAUCAUUGUGGUCACAGUGCUGAUGAAAAAGCGAAGCGAUAAGACCGAAGGUGACUACAGACCAUCGAAGGCAAGCCCAAGCAAACAAAACUCCUCACAGCUGCACAGACCUGUCCAUGCUUCUCUGACUGGAUCAAGUGACAAUCUCUUGAACACUUCUACCAAUGGUUACCACAACAGUAACAUAGCCUACGUACCAGCUAUGACAACUUUCAGUAAUCCUUCUCCAACCAGUCCAACCAGUCCAAUCUCAAACGGCCGCUAUACUAAAGGAUAUACCCCACCCCCCGUAACCCCUGCACCCAGUGGCCCCCCACCUAGACGAGCAGCUCCAAUGGCCCCCAAGACAAACCCUGCACCUUCGGCACCCCCCAAAUCCUACCUACUACCCGUCAACUCAGUGCAGUCUCCUCCACCGAAACCAGCCAAACCAUUCCUGCAGUCAACACCUCCCCCAAAACCAAUGAAGCCUCCGGUCCUCUCAAAGCCUCCGGUCUUCUCAAAACCUCCAGUCCACUCAAAACCUCCAGUCCACUCAAAGCCUCCAGUUCACUCAAAGCCUCCUCCGUCUACCGGAACUCCCCUGUAUCCGCCAUUGAAGCCAGUAACAGGAGACAUUGCAAAGCCUGCUCCUAAGCCAAAGCCAGCCCCUCCACCUAGUAGACCAGUCGCACAGGAUAGAAGAGCUCCACCUCCGGCACCAGCCGUGAAACCACAGCCGAGUAACAAGCCUGUUCCAACUCCCAGACCGUCUGUAGCCCCUCGAAGUAACAGCAAGCCUGUUCCUCCCCCGGCCCCCAAACCCACAGCUCCACCUGCCCCCGUGAACAGCUCAACUAAACAACCCAUGGCCCCACCUGGCGGCAAAAAAGCAAUGGUACCGCCCCCAAGAAGAUGAACUGAAUAUCACAACAAUUAUUACCCUCCCUAAAUUAGCGUGUUGCUCUGUUUUUAAAUCCAAUGCAUGUGUAGACGUGAAAGUUAUAGCACAAAUACAUUCACUAUUAAUUAUUCUUUUAAA